GCGAGGAAUGAUGACCAGUAAAAUAUGGUUGACUCUAAUUUCGUCCAUCGCCUUAUAUGUCAUGUGUCUGCCACCAACCGAAUCGGCAUUUUUGAUUGGGCUUUUCUGUUGGUUCUAUCCAGGAGAAUACAUUUGCGGUUUUUACCAUAAUCCUGAAGAAGCUGUGAAGAACUUAUAUUUGGAAUCAAAAAAUAUCAGCCUACCUAAAACGUAACUUUUCCAGCCCUAAUCUCAUUGGUCGGACUGAGG